CAGCAGGACUCGACCUGGCGGCGCAGCGGCUACCGUCUCCAACUAGAGGGAAUAUGUGGCUCUCCUGGCUCUCUCGUGCGCUUCUGCUGGGAACUUUGUGUGCAGGACUGAGCCACGGGGGGGACGACACCACUGAGUGUUUGUACUACAACGUCAACUACGAGAUCGAGAAGACCAAUCAGAGCGGAGUGGAGCGCUGCGAGGGCGAGAAGGACAAGCGCUCGCACUGCUACGCCUCCUGGAGGAACAACUCGGGCUCCAUCGAGCUGGUGAAGAAAGGCUGCUGGCUGGAUGACUUCAACUGCUACGACCGACAGGAGUGUGUGGCCACAGAGGAGAGUCCUCAGGUCUUCUUCUGCUGCUGUGAAGGAAACUUUUGCAACGAGAGGUUCACACACCUGCCUGACGUCACCGAACCCUUGAUCAAAGCCCCCCCUCCCAGUAUCGGAGUGUUAAAUGUGAUGGUUUACUGCCUGCUGCCUGUCACCAUGCUGUCCGUCGCCCUGCUCACCGCCGUCUGGAUGUACCGACACCGGAAACCUCCUUACGGACACGUGGACAUCACUGAGGAUCCCGGUCCUCCUCCUGCCUCCCCCCUGCUGGGCCUCAAGCCUCUGCAGUUGCUGGAGGUGAAGGCCAGGGGGCGCUUCGGCUGCGUGUGGAAGGCCCAGAUGAUGAACGAAUAUGUGGCCGUCAAAAUCUUCCCCAUCCAGAAUAAGGAGUCGUGGCAGAACGAGAGGGACGUGUUCAUCACACCAGGCAUGAGGCACGAAAACAUCCUGAGGUACAUCGCUGCAGAGAAACGAGGGAGCCACCUGGAGGCCGAACUGUGGCUCAUCACCGAGUUCCACGAGAGGGGCUCUCUGUCUGACUUCCUGAAGGGAAACAUCAUCAGCUGGUCUGAGCUGUGCCACAUCGCCGAGUCGAUGGCCUGCGGCCUGGCUUACCUUCACGAAGACGUCCCCCGACUGAAAGGAGAGGGACCCAAACCGGCCAUCGCUCACAGGGAUUUUAAGAGUAAGAACAUCAUGCUGCGUUCAGACCUCACAGCGGUGAUCGGUGACUUCGGUCUAGCUGUUUGCUUCGAGCCGGGGAAACCACCUGGAGAGAUGCACGGACAGGUGGGCACCAGGCGUUACAUGGCUCCAGAGGUGUUAGAAGGAGCCAUCAACUUCCAGAGAGACGCCUUCCUCCGAAUCGACAUGUACGCCGUCGGUCUGGUGCUGUGGGAGCUGGUGUCCCGCUGCAAGGCUGCUGAUGGUCCGGUGGGUGAGUACAUGCUGCCGUUUGAGGAGGAGGUCGGUCAGCAUCCGUCACUGGAGGACCUGCAGGAAGUCAUCGUCCACAAGAAGAUGAGACCAGCCUUCAAAGACCUCUGGCUCAAACACAGCGGUCUGGCUCAGAUCUGCGAGACGGUGGAGGAGUGCUGGGAUCACGACGCCGAGGCUCGACUGUCGGCCGGCUGCGUGGAGGAGAGGAUCUCCCAGGUCCGCCGCCUCACCGCCGCCAUCGCCCCGCCUACCUCUGACCACCACACCCUGAUGGUCUCCACGCUCACACCUGUUCCCAUGGUAACCAAUGUGGACCUACCGCCCAAGGAGUCCAGUAUAUGA